UACCUUGGUGGUUAGUCUGCGAAAGGCUUCUCGGCGGAGUGGGAAAUCUCUGCCACAAAGCAAUAUUAGAGGCGUGCCACCAGGUCGGAGAAAUCCGACACUGGCAAGCUUUUUCAAGUAAUUGAUAUUACUGCCUGCUAAGCGAGUCAGCAUAUAGCACGAUACCUUGUGAGAACGAGGAAAUAAAUAGUAGUCGUGCGAGGUCUCAUUUCUCGGCUCAUUAUUCUCUCGCGAGUUGAAGGAGUGAGACAAAGAAAUCAUGUACAACAUGUUCCGGGGGUUGUUCCUUGCGUCUCUUGCAGCCAGCGUGGUGCAUGCGCAGUCCUAUUCGGGAUGUCACAAACAUGGUAGCGUGGAGUACUGCUACGGGGCCGACGGUGAAGAGACCCCUAUCACUACACAUGCACAGGCAACAGCCACGUCUGUGACUGCUACUACUACUUCCUCAGCACAGACUGCUUCUGUGACCGGCUGCCAUAACCACGGUGACGAUGUGUACUGCAUCAACGGAGAAGGAAACGAGGUGCAGGUGUCAUUAACCACUACCCCAACAGGGGAGCUGCCAGCACAAUAUACUGGCUGCCACUCCCAUGGAAGCUCACAGUACUGCUUAGAUGCAGGCGGAAACGAUGUUCAGAUUCUCGCAGAGGGGGAAACUGGCGAUGAGCAUGACCACAGCAGCGGGUCCGGCAGUUCCUCCCACGGCGAACAAAAUUGUCAUUUCCAUGCUGGUGUUGAACACUGUGUCGGUGCGGGCGAGUCGGAACACUCGGGCACGAAAUCCUGCGGUGUCCAAAGUCGUGACUAUGAUAUGCCAUUGCGGAUCGGAACGUUGUUCGUGAUCCUUAUUACCAGCGCCAUUGGUGUUUUUCUUCCGAUGCUGCUGGUUAAGCUGCCCUUUCCCACAAUCAAUACAAUGGCAUCGACUGUUAUCAAACAGUUUGGUACUGGUGUGAUUCUAUCCACUGCAUUCGUCCAUCUGUACACCCACGCCAGCCUCAUGUUCACGAACGAAUGUCUCGGCGAGCUCGAAUAUGAAGCCACCACAUCUGCCGUCGUGAUGGCCGGUAUCCUCCUCUCCUUCCUGACGGAAUAUAUCGGUCACCGCAUCAUUAUGGCGCGGGGCAGUAAAUCGCCCCCUGAAUGCUGCGACGACACACCAUCACACGAUAGUUCGACAGCCCCCAAAGAAAACGCAGCACCGCGUGCGAUGCAACUCGCCCAGCUCAGCCACAACCAUGGUUCAGAUCCUACACAACCGAACACUAAGCUGUCCGUCCUGGUCAUGGAAGCGGGAGUGAUCUUCCACAGUAUCCUAAUUGGUCUGACGCUUGUUGUCGCAGGCGACUCCUUUUACAAAACCUUGUUGGUCGUGAUCGUCUUUCAUCAGUUCUUCGAGGGUCUGGCGCUCGGAGCUCGCAUUGCGCUGCUUCCGGGUCGCAUCUUCCCCAGCAAAGCCGUCAUGGCGGGGCUUUUUGCGAUAAUUACCCCGAUCGGAAUGGCCAUCGGAAUGGGAGUGCUGCACUCUUUCAAUGGCAACGAGAAGAGCACAUUAAUCGCCCUCGGUACGCUAGACGCAUUGUCGGCUGGUAUUCUAGUGUGGGUCGGUGUCGUCGAUAUGUGGGCUAGGGACUGGGUGAUGGAGGGAGGUGAGAUGCUGGACGCGCCCCUGGUCCGAGUAUUGGUCGGAGGAGUAGCGUUGAUCGCCGGUAUGGUGCUGAUGGGCGUGUUGGGCAAGUGGGCUUAAACCCGAGGCUUGCUAUUGAUGUAUAUAGACUACGACUGUGAUGGAAAAUACUGGACAUAAAUAAGUAACGUUGAAUGCGAUUCAAAAGCUUUAGGGCUUACAACCCACG